GUUCUAAUUUUGCCAGUUUCAUCACAUUUGUGAUAAGAAAGUCGUGAAGCUGACAGGGUGCCUGUUAACACCGAUUUCCACUUUUCACCAAAUUACAACCGAAUUCCACUUUUCACCGAAUUACUACCGAAGCGUGCUCAAGCCAAGAAUGCAUAAAUGUAUUUACUUAUGAAGAAAAGAGGAACAAUCAACUUUUUGUAAGUUGAUCCAAAAUGGCGGAAGAAAGGUCAAUACAAGUAGAAAAAACUAAAUUUAGAAAGCUUCCAGUGUUUACUCACAAUUCUAGAAUGAAUCUUGAGUUGAGAAAAAUGUCAACUUGCAGGCAGAUAUAUAGGACGCCAUUCCCAUCUCAAAAGAGAAAGCCUCCAGCACACUACAAAUUCCACUUUGACGAGGAGGUAAAGGGCUGGAGAGAGCGUGACAAAGUAUCUGCUGCAACCAGAUGGAAUAAGGCAAAGGGAGCAGUUAGGGUCGGCAAUUAUUUUAUUGGAAUCCGCAAGAAACCAGACACCGUGUUAAAUAUUGAUGUCAAGAAAGUGGUGGCUGCCACAAAGGCAAAUAGGGAGCAACAGUUAACUUAUAGACAAAUGGCGGGGAAAGGAGAUGAGGAGAUUGAAGAAUCACUUGUUAAAACCCUGACAGAGCCCUCAGUCAUCCAGAAGCCAUUCACGAGGCCGGCUGGAAACACUGAACAAUGUGCUUGGUCAUGUCCCGCUUUCGAGAAAAAUAUAACAGAAAGAGCCAAGUCUGCGUUCGACUGGAGUCGACCGAAGGCGGAACGUAAACAGCUGGUCGACUCUGCAAGCCGCUAUCAGGCCAUCUACCUUCAGGGUCUCUUGAAAGAGAAAGACAAGGAAAUACGACUCAUAACAAACCAGCUGCUGAAAGCAAACAAGGAGAAUGUUUCUCUGCUGAAGGAAUUGGAAGGGUACAGAGGGAAAAAUUACGAUGAGCUCUACAAGGAGAACGUGACGCUGAAAGAACAGAUUGCCAGAGCGUGCAGAGAGAACGUUGCACUGGCUGGACAGAGACAUAAAGAGAGGAACCGGGUACUACAGAAAUUCGAGAAAGCUCGGACACUUUCUUAGCUGACAUGACUUUAUUCAUUAUAUAAUAAUUUGUGUAGUGAAUGCUGAAAGUCAUGAAAUUGACGUGCGUAUAGAAUUUUUACUAUUUUUUUUCAUUUUUGUGUAUAUUUUGGUGACAUACAUCAACUAUUAAAUUAUAAGAACAACAUUUUUGUUUUUAAAAAAUUGGCACAAAAUUUUCCGAACUAUUUUGAGUGAAAACACAUUGUCUGCUGAAUGUUAAAACCAGUGUAACUGACAUUUUGUAUAAUUUUCAGGAGAAGCAACAAAACUUUUUCAUUAAAAUAAUGAACACUUUUCAAUAUUCAAAUUUUCUGAAUAUUGACAUUGAAAAACAAAGCAAAACUCCAAAUUGAAAUGUUUUCAAGCAAUAAAUAACUUGAGAAAGAAGUAGUUACGGUAAUUUCAAUGCUGAAGGAUUUUUUGAUUCGCAGAAUAACGUAAUUGCUCAAAAUGUAUUUCAGUAAAACUAAAUCCUAAAAGAUACAAAAUGUACAUGUAGGUUACACUAGUUUUAACAUUCAGAAGAAGCACUGUAUUCCCCCCUUCGAAUAAAUGGUCAUAAUGGAAAUUUUAUUUUUGCUUGAAUUUAGUUACUCUUAGUUAUAAACUGAUGGAAGAAAGUAAUAAUUUUUUAUUUCUCAUUGCUUAUACUUUUGUCACAUAUAUAAACAAGUUUUAUACAAAUUCAAGAAGCCAUCAUGACAAGCGAUGGAAUGGGAUAAUUCAGAGUUUGAAAUAGUGAUGAUUGCUAAUUUUCUGUGUCUGAUUUCUAAUAACUUUUUACAACUGGUUCUACAGAAAUGUGAUAAUGAAAAUAAAUAGUGUCUAUGUACUCGAACCGCUUUAUUUAUAUUGCUACCGUAUACGUGCGCUUAU